UGAGUGCAAACUAGGGGGGGCAAAAGGAUGUGUCACUGCACUGUAUCUUUUGGAUUCUGUCACAAUUUUAGUCUUCUCUCGUAAAAUCUGAUCUUUUUUGGUCUCGAAUCUGCGCAACUCAUCGGGCUGGCGAGUCUCAGCCGCUCCACUAUCGUUGAGGUGUCUUAUCUGAAACGUCUGACAGUAAUCUUUGGUUUGGAUAUUAAUGCAUUUUUGUGUCGCCGCGCACUCACGCCAAAUGACUGAGAGAGGUUCCACGAGGAGACUUUGUUCUCCGUCCUGCUCCUUCAAGACAACCCUUGGGUAAAGUUUUAAUGCGAAUGUUUGGCUCUCGUUAAACCGUGAUCGGGAUUUGCAAUUAUUUAUUAAUUGCCACCAGCGGGGGAAAAUACCGUCUCCUCGAAGGGGGACCAUUUGCUGGAAUUAUUUAUUUACUGGAUUAAUCCAUCAAAUAUGAAGACUUUUAUUGUUCAAGGGGGUAGAGUCCUCUUACUAGUGGUUUGGUUGAAUGUAGUCCCAGUGUUGAACAGCUGCCCAGCGAAGUGUGUGUGCUACAGUGAACCUAGACCUACGGUGGCCUGCCAGCAGCAGGGACUGUUUACCAUUCCCACCGAGAUCCCCGUCAGGAGCCAACGGAUCUUCUUGCAGAUCAACAAACUGACAGUGGUGAGGUCCACUAGCUUUAGCUCCUGCCACAACCUAACGGUCCUCUGGCUGUAUUCCAAUAACAUAACUCAUAUUGAGGCUGGGGCUUUCUAUGGCCUGGAGAGACUGGAGGAACUUGACAUUGGCGACAACAACAACUUGCGGAUCAUAAGUCCCUCUGCGUUCAGAGGCUUGACCAAGCUGCACACAUUGCACCUACACAGAUGCGGACUGUCCGAACUUCCCGUAGGGGUUUUCCGAGGACUCUUUUCUCUGCAGUACUUGUACCUCCAAGACAAUAACCUGUUAACCCUGCACGAUGACACUUUUCUGGAUCAGGCCAACCUAACCUAUCUUUUCCUGUACAACAACAAAAUCAAGGUAGUCACAGAUCACAUGCUGCGUGGAUUGAUCAACCUGGACCGCCUGCUUUUGCAUCAGAAUCGGGUGAACCUUGUUCAUCAGCGAGCCUUCAGUGACUUGGGCAAGUUGACCACAUUGUUUCUUUUCUAUAAUAACCUCACAGUGUUGACUGGAGAGACCAUGGAUCCUCUGGUGUCCCUACAAUACUUGCGGCUGAACGGGAACCAAUGGAUUUGUGAUUGCAGAGCCAGGACCCUUUGGGACUGGUUCAAACGCUUCAAAGGCUCCAGCUCUGAGCUUGAAUGCCACCUUCCAGUCACCUUGGCAGGAAAGGACCUGAAAAGACUUAAAAGCAACGACCUGGAGGGAUGUGUGGAUGCUCCAUCCCAGGUCCAAACCAGUAUCUUCAGUACCAAGACACACUCUGGAACCUUCCUCUCCACGGACGACCCACUCGGGGAAAGCAUUCCAAGGUGCUGUCUUUCAGAUAACGACAAGUCCUCCAUCUUUUCCAGCAAGGUUCUCCCUGACUCCUCAUUGUACAACAGUCGCCAAAUAACCAACAACCCCCUGAAGGAGAAGGAGAACAUUUCCAAGACCAAGUUUCGAGAGAUGGAGAGGACGAAAAAUGACACUCGUAAUAAGCAGAGUCUCAACGAUGGCCCUCUGGGAACCUUAUCCAACAACCUUGACCAGUCCCUUGGAAACCUUGACCCGGAACUGUUAGACAACCUGGAACCUUCCACAGCACCAAACAAAAAGAAAAAAAAGUGCUCCAAAAAGCCCAAAUCGGACACACAGUGUCUCAAAGGCCACGGAUCCACAAUCCGAGUGCUGAGCCUUCUGUUUUUCCCAACAUUCUGGUUUUCCUUGACCAUGUCUUAGUCCACAGGGGGCAACUUCUUGGAUCAUUUUGCUCAUGACAAUGACACACAAACCUGCAGUAACCUAAACAGACAGGCAGGAACUGUGAAAGGGGGUUACGAGGUUGACCCACAUGACUGAGAAUUAACAAUAAUUAUGAAACUAAA